AUGAGUCAACCAAAAGAUAAAAAGAAAUCUUUUAAUAACACUGGUAGUGGCGGUGGAACUGGUGGAAGUGGUGGAUAUAAUUCAUCACCAAAACAUGGUAAUAACAGAAAUAGCAAUAAACAACAAUCACCAUCACAUCAUCAUAAUAAUAAUAAUACUAUAAACAGUCAUCAACCACAUUCAUCUCAAGCACAAGACGGUUUAACUCAAAUGAAAGAAAGAACAGUUUAUAUGUCAAUGAGUUUAGUUGGUCAAGUGAUCAGUGUUACAUUAAAGAAUGGCGACAUUUAUGAAGGUAUUCUAUCAUCAACUCAAACUAAUACAGCUGGAGAUAAAGGUGGUAGCGGAGGUUGGGGUCUAGUAUUAAGAAUGGCAAGAAAGAAAGAUUUAAAUAACAAAGUAAUUACAACUCAACCAUUACCAAUUAUUAUUAUUCAAGCUAAAGACUUUUUACAACUUACAGCAACAGGUGUAGUUUUAGAUCACUAUAAAGAUUCAUUUAUGAGUAGAGAACUCUUCUACACCGAUACCGAAUUAAGUGGUUUUGAUGGCAACCUUAAAGAACGUGAACUUCUUCCAUGGACUCCAGAUCCAACAUUCGAUGGCUCAUUAGAAGAUUUUGGCGAAAAAAAACCAUCCAACUGGGAUCAAUUCGAAGCAAAUGAAAAAUUAUUUGGUGUUACUACAAGUUAUGACGAAGAUCUUUAUACAACUCGUUUAGAUAGAGACUCCGAUUUCUAUAUUAAAAAUCAAAGACUUGCUGAAAGAACUGCUCACGAAAUUGAAAAUGAAAAAUCAUCAAAUAUUCAUUUAUUAGAAGAGCGUGGUUAUAUUGAAGGUGCAGAUUAUGAUGAAGAAGAGCGUUAUAGUUCAGUUGUUAGAAAAGGAGGUGUUACAAAUGGUAAUAGCCCAUCAACUACCACCACCACAUCAUCAACUACUAUUUCAUCGACAUCAUCAGUUUAUAUUCCACCAUCUAAACGUGGCCAAUCAGGAAAAUCAACACCUAAUCAAAAAUCACAAGAUGCAAUUAUAUCACCACCAACUUCCACUACUACUACCACCUCAACUAAAACCUCAAUCGAUACAUCAACUAUAUCACAAACAUCCAAUACACCAAGUACAGGUUCAACACCAUCAACACCAUCGACACCAUCAACACCAUCGACACCAAAAUCAUCUUCACAAUCAGUUUCAAAUAAUUCACCAUUAGGCGAAAAUUACAAUAAAGAAUCACCAAACAUUUCAAAAUUACGUUUUGGUUCACAAGCAAUCGAACAAGAAGCUAUGGGAUCACCACGUGAAAUUUUAUCACCACGUACAGUCGCAUACACUCAUUACAGAAAGGUAUUAUUAUCAGAACCACAUGCCAAAUUGAACCAAUUAAAUCAAUUAAAAUCAUCAUCUCAAGGUGUUGCUACUACUCCAUCCUCACAAGCGGAAACUCCAAAAUCACCAGCACCAAUGAUCGUAUCCGAUCACGGUUUAGUAAGAGCUCUUUCAUUGGAAAUAGCCACUCCAUCUGUUCCAGAAAACGUUGUAAAUGAAUUCAAUAGCUUUAAAUUAAAAAAUCAACCAAACGUUAAUCGUGGCUUUGAAACUCAAAAUCUUAAAAGUUUUAGUAGUAAUUUAGUUAUUAAAUCGAAAUCAAGACCAGGUUCACCAUUAAUCGGAUCUGGUUCACCACGUCCAACUCCAACUCAACUUUCUUUAGCUGCCACUACAGUCGAAGAAAUUAAAUCUACAACAACAAUGGCUGCACAAGUUAAACAAGCAUUAAGCGCCGAUGAAAAAGAUUCUGAAAAAACUAAUGAUGAAAAGAAAGAUGAAGAAAAUAAACAAACAACAAGCGAAAAGAAAGAAGAUGAAAAGAAAGAUUCAACUACUUCAACUACAACCACAACCACUACAACAUCAACUUUAACAUUAAAAUCAAGAUUAAAAUUAAAUCCAAAUGCUAAAGAAUUUGUACCACCAAGUUCAAGUAAAUUAUCAGCACCAAAAGCAGUACCAGAAUCAAAAACUGAUAGUAUUACACCAAUUAAUGAAAUUUAUUAUGAAUCAAUGAAAAAAAGAUUACAGAAUCAAGAAUCACCACACUCUGUACCAUCCUAUUGGAGUGAUCAAUAUAUCCGUUUCGAUGAUCAAAUUGACCCAGCAUUAGCUUAUGGAUAUCCACAUCUCAGAGGUCCAGUUGGUCCAAUGAGUCCUGUACCAUUUUAUCAUCAUUUACCACAAGCUAUGGUCCCACCACACGCUCAAAUUCUUGGUCAACCACCAAAAGGAGGUAUGAUUCACGCUGGUAUGAUCCCACAACAAGCCCCACCAGGAGCCAUGGGUGGUAAGGCUAUUCAUUACCCACCACCACAAUCACAACAAGGUGGCCAAACUCCACCACCACCAGGAGUUCAAGUUAGAGGUCAACCAUUCAUACCGGGACAUGCUGGUGUACCAGUUGGACCACCACCAAAUGGUCAACCAUUUGUUUUUACCCAACCACCACCAUUCCACCCAUCAGCUUAUCAAUUACAUGCCCCAGGUAUCCCACAAAAGAGAUAUCCACAAGGUGUUACACCACAUUAUGCUCCACAAAAUGUUCCCCCACAUAUGAACCAAUAUCAACAAAUUAUUUUACCUGGUCAACCACCUUCACCACAAAAUUCAAUGGGUGUCCCACCAAACCAAGAAGGUGGUCAUAGAAUUAAUUAUCCUCCAGCUUAUAUUCAAAGACAAUAUCACCCAAAUGAUCAACAAUAUCAUUAAUAAAUAAUUUAAUAUAUAAAAAAUUAAUAAUAUU